ACCAGAUGAAAAGAGCCUCAAUUUUUAAUAAUUUCAUCCAAGCCAUUUUCUACCCGUGUCGAUCGAUCUCUUCACCCCAGAUCUUCCAACCACUGAUACAACGGCUGGCACUGACUCCUAACCACCACUCACACUAUUCAGCCCUUAAAACCCCGUUAAACCGUUUCUUCUUCUACCCUGCCCCCCAUAUAACACAACGUCUUGUCCUCGGACCUUAAGCCGCGCAUAAUUUUCCCGAUUACGAUCUCGUCAUCGUGUCAUGCUCAUCGAGUAUCAUGAUGUACGACGACAUCGACAAAGCAAAUGACGAUGUCAACUAUGGGCUGACACCCUCUCUGACCUCGUCACCUUCGGCGGAGAGAUUCAACGGUCCUAUUGCAUCCACUAACAAUGCAUUUGGGAGCGACUUUCCCUUCUAUCCGUUGUCUUUUGACACGAUAGCCCCAUCUUCCCUAGAGUUAUCCCAUACUUCUCACGACGACUCCUGCUUAGACAAAUGUCUGGGUACUUAUGGCACACAGCGAAUACAACAAAAUGUGUAUGCGCAACCUUACGUCUCGAGGGCACGUCUGUUCAACAACCAACACAUAUACCCGCACUCCUUACAAGAAAACAAUGCCUUUCAGCAACACCAGGUAAAUCAACAUUUUAACAUGUUUCAAGACUACACGAACGUCGGUUUCAAAUACAACCUAGACCACGACCUUAAACAAGGGUAUCACACUUCGAAUAGCGAAUCCUUGAUUGGUUUGAAUAACUUCAACGUUUCGGACAUCGGAAUUAUGCCAAACAACCAAGUUCCUGAUGACUGCACAUCGGUAAACUGUAGCAAGUAUUCUUGUUCCAGUGACUGUUGCUCUACACAAGUUUGCCAAGACGAGGAAUGUUCUGGAGAUGGAACGCCCUGCGACGAUCUACAAUGCUUAGAGAGUGUAUCGCAAGAUAUAUGGGCUAUGAACGAAGGUUGGCAUGAAUCAAUACAGCCAGGAUUGGCCCCAAAUGGUCAUAACCAACCUUGCAACCAUGACGAAUCGGAGCAUGAUGCUGCUCGCACCUUGCGGGAUCUCGGCGCCCCGGGUGCCUCGAACAUACAGCAGAAUCAACAAGACUUUUCGCAGUUUGACUGCCUCUUCGAUACAACUAACCAAUCCGCAGAUCUCACAAGAUCGAGCGGGCUCACCUUGCCCUUACACCCCCAUCCAAGCCUCGCAAGUACUCCUGAGUUAGACUCAACAGCGACACCUCGAGAAGGAUCCAUCGCAAGUACGGCUCAGCAUUUAUGUCGAUGGGUCGUCUCUGGACAAAAGGAACCUCAACGUAUCUGUGGCCAUGUCUGCGACAGCGCGCAUUCUCUCCAGGAUCACAUGUCUGAAGAGCAUCUUCCUUCGAUGAACAACAAGACGAAGUACCGUUGCCUCUGGGAGAACUGUCCUCGCCUGACCGAGAAGGUAUUUGCAUCUCGAAAUAAGCUUCGCCGGCAUCUCACAACCCAUACAGCAUACAAACCUUUCAAGUGUGACACGUGUGGCGAGAGUUUCUCGGCGCAGCAAGCCUUGGACCAGCACAUACGAACACAUACGGGUGAAACGCCAUACAAGUGCGACUUCGAAGGUUGCGAAAAAGCGUUCAAGCAAAAAUCCGCCUUGACUAUGCACAAACGUACUCACACGGGCGAGAGACCGCUAGAGUGCGAUAUAUGCGGUAAGCGUUUCUGCGAAUCAUCCAACCUAUCGAAACACCGCAAGACACACUCACCGGAAUUCAAAUUCGGCUGCGAGGAACCGGGCUGCGGUAAAAGGUUUAAUCGCGUCGACCAACUCCGCAGACACGAAGCCAUCCACGAACGGCCGAAGAAGAAGCGAAAGGUUCGAGCGGAGGCAGAACAAGUCUUUUCAUCUCCCAUAUCACCCGAGACACCCCAUGAUCCCGCCUUACACAUCCACGACCAGCAGCUGCUGGCGGAGAUCCAAGUCUAGAAGAAUUGGAUAUAUAAUCCGAUCGACCAGCGGCUGCCCCAGGGGCAGGUCGAGGAUUCUUGGGUGUUUAACGCCGGGAACCUCGACCAAUAUCAAUUCCAGGCCGAGGGUUUGUCAGCAAGUUCCGCGAACAGCGGGCGGCAUGACCCUCAAUCUGGUUUCCUGCUCCAGGCCCCUAGCGACCCCUGCAA